AUGUCAAACCCAAACUCCAUACAGUCCCUCAGCGAUCGAGUCAAAGACUCAUCUCAACAGACAAACAAUCCGCAGACACCCAACCAACAACCUAGCCGGAUCCCGAUCCCAAUCCCCUCCCCCACCAGUCAACCCGGUCCUAACGCUGCCCCUAAACCCAUCCCCCAGCCGCAAGGCAAAGAGAUUAGAACGGCAAGCAACCUCACCCCCAUACCAAAAGGGAAAGAACCUACGUCCCUCAAGACGGGAGAACCGGAUCCAGCUCUCCAGAGCUCGGUAACCAGGACAACGCUAAAGAACCCAAUAGCAGAGAUCACAGAUGACGGCAACAAUCCUCCGUCCGACGCCAGAUCAACGAACGCGAAAGCCAGAGAAAUGAUCCUAGCCAAAGCCGUAAAGGCCCAAGAGGAUGGCGACGACGCGAAAGCAGAUAGACUGUUCGCGAUGUUCGACACACUUUCAAGAGAUGACCCAGGAGUUUCAAGCGGAAAAGCGACCAACCUCGCAAUCAACGCAGUCUCGGACCAACCCGCCAUCAGCAAGAAGAGACCGAUCGAAGCUGAAGGCACUACCCAAGUUCGCGGGAUCAAGUUUAUUUGGGCAAAUUCCAACUCCCACGACGACGGAGGUUUUACGCCUUACUUCCACAAGAACCUCCUCGAGCUCAAAGGGCCGAUCCCCCUAACGAUCUUCAACAGAACCUGGCAGGAGGAGGCCUUAUCCCACCACUCCAAGAACAGGCCCAAGACGGAAGAAUCCUCGGCCGAGAAGAACCCCCGAUAUCAUGGUUUAGCCGUCCCCGACGAGUGGCUCCAAUACAAUUAUCCGGUCCUAGCGGAGUGGAUCCUUAUACACAAGGCCAACUGCGAUUGGCUACAGAAAAAGCACGGUUUUAUGGUGGCAUUACGCUACGACAUCAGAAUUAGAAACAACGCGUUCGCCUUCAGGGUCGAGAAGGACGGUGAAGAAUCAUUCUCGAACAUCUCCCUCUUCAAGGCAGAAACGGCAGACGACGCCCACUCCGAGUCCAGGAACUUCAACGAGCUUGGCGUAAGGGACAACCCAUACGCACUCGGCGGACCACGCUACGGAUGGGACCCACACACGGGUCAGAAGUCAACGAAAACACCAACCGCAACAGCAUCGGGCAACAACAUCAGCAGCGGGAAAACCCCUAACACCGGCUCAUCCCAUUCGUUUCCCCAAGCUCCGGCAAACUCCUUACCCCCAAAGCCAGACCAGAAUAGGCCACCCAGGAGCUCAGGGUACAAAGGCAGAAACUACAACCCCAACCACGGUUCCUCGAGCAGACGCCGCGGCAACGAAGAGAGGAACUCGCUCCGAACUUCCCCAUCCAUCACCCUAAUUGUAUAUGCCCUGACUAAGAUCUGGGCGGCUUGUGGUUUCAAGGGCGUGUCCGGCCACUCCUUCCGGGUCGGCGGAGCGUCUAUUCAAGUGGCCCUGGGCGUCCCAAUCAGUGAGAUUUGUAUCAGAGGCAGAUGGGCCUCUGACGCUUACAAGCUAUACCUCUGGGACUUCUCAGGAGAAGAGAUGAAGAGAACGAACGCGCUCCUAGCUGAACUAGAGAGGUGCUGGAUGUACAUUCCUACCCCAUUAGAGUAAUUCAACCUACGUCCCACAUUCC